AUGGCCAUUGCCGUCGUUGGCAUGGUACUGAGCUUCGGAGCAACCGUCGCCGUGGUCUACGUCGUGUACAGGCACGUCAAGAAGCACGACGUCCCCGCCAUCAGCAUCGUCGCCGCGAGCGUCAAGACGGCGGGGAGCACUGCUGGUACGGCGCUGUACGCGGUGGUGCCGGACUCGCAGAUACGGGACGCCACCGUGGAGGGGUUCCUCGAGAAGAUCGGUGGCGACAAGCCCAUCCGGUUCACCGCGCGGCAGCUCUGGGGCUUCACCAACAACUACUCGGCCAGGAUCGGCGCCGGGGGCUCGGGGGUCGUGUACAGGGGCGUGCUCCCGAACGGCCUCGCGGUCGCCGCCGUCGGCGUCGCGAGGGGCCUCCGGUACCUCCACGAGGAGUGCCAGCAAAAGAUCGUGCACUACGACGUCAAGCCCGGCAACGUGCUCCUCGAAGUCGGCCUCGCUCCCAAGGUGGCCGGCUUUGGACUCGCGCAGCUGACGAACCGGGCGGACACGGACGCCACCGUCUCGGUGAUGCGCGGCACACCCGGGUACGCCGCGCCGGAGCUGUGGAUGCAGGUGGGCGUCACCGAGAAGUGCGACGUGUACAGCUUCGGCAUCCUCCUGUUCGAGAUCCUCGGCCGGAGGAGGAACUUCGACGAAGCAGCGCCGGAGAGCCGGCGGUGGUUCCCAAAGCUGGUGUGGACCAAAUACGAGUGUGGCGAGCUCGCGGAGGUCGUUGAUAGCCGUGGCAGCGCGGAGGAGGAGAAGGGCAGGGAGACGGCGAGGAGCAUGUGCGAGGUGGCGUUCUGGUGCGUGCAGCAGCUGCCGGAGGCGAGGCCGACCAUGGGCAGCGUGGUGAAGAUGCUGGAAGGGGAGAUGGACAUUCCUCCUCCGCCGAAUCCGUUCCAGCAUCUCAUGGCUGUGCCGGAGGUGGCGUGGACGUCAAAUGGUCGAGCGAGCACCAUUGUUGGGAGUGGCUCAAGACGCGAUCACUCCGUGGUCGCCGUGAAUAGUUGA